CCUCCCUUACGUAAAAUCAACCGAGCCCUACGCCGCCAUUAGUUAAGGACAAGCACAUAAAAAAGAUAAUCGGUUCCUCUGAUAAGGAAAAAUGGCCAUGGACAUCAACAACCUUGUAGCUUUCCAUGAAGCCAAGUUCAUAGACCAAAACGGCGUGCUACGAAAUUCUAGUGUGCCUGUGGUGCAGGAACUUGCGCGUCAACGGCUCGAUUUCUUGCCCGAGAGGUUCAUCAGGGUGUCGCCAACAGCUGAUCCAAUCGCUGCACCAUCUUCAGAACUGCAUGAAAUUAGUAACAUUGAAGUUCCUGAUCCUCUUCCUUGUAUAGACAUGAGCAAAAUUCAAUUGGGGGACGAUUUGGAGGACCGUGACCGGGAGUUAACCAAGUUGGCCGGUGCUGCUAAGGAUUGGGGUAUGUUCUUGAUCGAAAAGCAUGGAAUAGAGCCCAAAAUUUUGGAUGAGGUGAAGGAUGUGGUGAAAGGGUUCUUUGGGCUGUCAUUUCAAGAAAAGAAAGCUAGCGUUGGAUCAUAUCUUAGUGUUGACAACAUGGGGUAUGGGCGGAACUUUGUGAAGUCAGAAGAUCAGCCUUUGGAUUGGAUCGAUCGUUUAACAAUGAAAGCUGCUCCCAGGGAUGCUACUCAAGGACUCCGUGUCUGGCCUCAAAAUCCUCCGAACUUCAGGGAAGCAGUGGAGAAAUUUGUAGAGAAAGCAAGGAAAAUCUGCGAUUCGUUACUCCAUGCUCUUGCCGAAACCUUAUCAGUAGACGGACAAAUUUUCAUAAAACAGUUCGACGACGAAAAGAGCGAAGUCAACGUCAGAGUGAACUACUACCCACCAUGCCCGAGGCCUGACUUAGCUCUGGGAAUAACUGAACAUUCUGAUGCUAGUGCCCUCUCCGUUUUGGUGCAGUUUGAAGCCUCUGGAGGACUCCAAGUGUUCAAGGACAUGAAAUGGCUCACGGUCCAGUGGCCGGUCGAUGCAUUGUUAAUCAACGUGGGAGACCUGAUGGAGAUAUUGAGCAAUGGGCGCUUCAGGAGCAGUUGGCAUCGCGCUGUUACCCAAAGGGAUGUCGAGCGCUUUUCAGUUGCAUUGUUCUACAACCCGCCUUCAGAAGCUGAGAUUGAACCUCUCAAAGAUGGGAAGUCCAACAAUAAUCAUCACGGAUAUAAGAAAGUAGUGGUCGGGGAAUACUUGCAGAAUUACUAUAAGAUCAGCCCAACACCGACUAAUUAAGUUUGCUCAGUUUUAGUUGUAGCAAAUUACGAAUACUAGCACUACUACUACUACUCCAUCAACUUGGUCCUUUUAUUUGUUGAACUGUGCACUUUGUCUCCUUAAAUUUUAAAGAACUGCAAACAAGCCCAAAAAUUGCCCUUCACUCCAUUACAGAGGACAGAUGGCUUACGUAUAUAUGGGAGGAAGUUUUGUCAUUUGGCUGUAAACAUCACUCUUGAUAUCCCUAGCAGGCGAAGUUAAAGUGGUUUUAUUGCAGACUCAG